AUGACGACGGACCGUACGCCGGCGGAGGCGCUGUCGUAUGUAGAGGCCGACUUUCGGCGGAUGCUGUCGUCGCUGCCGAUACCGCUGCAUGAUGUGAUGCCGCGUGUGGUCGUGAGGCUGGCGUCGCGCAUGUUGCUGCGGGCGCGGGUGCUGGGCACGGAGGUGCUGUAUGACGUGACGCUGAACAUGCUGCGGCUGAUUGUGGUGCUGUUUUUCCGCGAGAUCCAGCCGCGGUCGUCGUGGCGGAUCCCGCGGGAGGGCCCGAUCAUCUUUGUGGGCGCGCCGCACCACAACCAGUUUCUGGAUCCGCUGCUGCUCGCGUCGGAGGUGCGGCAUGCGGGGCGGCGUGUGUCGUUCCUGAUUGCGCACAAGAGCACGAAGCGGCCGUUCAUCGGGCGCAUGUCGCGCAUGCUGAACUCGAUUCCCGUGCGGCGCGCGGCGGACGACGCGAAGCGCGGGCUCGGCACCGUGUCCGCGCACGCCGCGGACCCGACGCGCGUGCUCGGCUUUGGGACGCAGUUUACGAGCCAGGCGCAGGUGCGCGGCAACCUCGUGCUGCCCAAGUCGACCGACUAUGCGAUGGGCGAGAUCACAGAGAUCGUGAGCGACACGGAGCUGCGGAUCAAGACGCCGUUCAGCGGCGCGGCGCUCGAGGCGCUCGAGGCCGGCGUCACGUACACCCUGCAGCCGUACGUGAACCAGGCGCACAUGUACGAGAGCGUGUACAAGCAGCUGUCGGACGGCGGCUGCCUGUGCAUCUUUCCCGAGGGCGGCAGCCACGACCGCACGGAUCUGCUGCCGCUCAAGGCCGGCGUCGUCAUCAUGGCGCUGGGCGCCAUGGCGAACGACCCGUCGCUGAACGUGCACAUCGUGCCGGUCGGCCUGAGCUACUUCCACCCGCACAAGUUCCGCUCGCGCGCCGUGAUCGAGUUCGGCAUGCCGCUGCACGCGCCGCCCGAGCUCGUCGAGCUGUUCAAGCUCGGCGGCGCCGAGAAGCGCCAGGCCAUCGCCAGCAUGCUCGACAUUGUGUUUGACGGGCUCAAGAGCGUCACCGUGCGCGCGCCCGACUACGAGACGCUGAUGGUCAUCCAGGCCAGCCGGCGGCUCAUGUCGCUGCCCGGCCAGCACCUCAGCCUGAGCGACAAGGUCGAGCAGAACCGCAAGCUCGUCAUGGGCUACAUGCAGUUCCGCGACCACCCCAAGAUCCUCGCGCUGCGGCAGUCGGUGCUCACGUACAACCGGCACCUGAAGCAGGUCGGCAUCCGCGACCACCAGGUCGAGCGCGCGAACCGCUCCGUCCUGCGCAGCCUCGCGCUCCUGUGCUACCGCCUCGGCCUCCUCGUCGGCUGGACGAGCUGCGCGCUGCCCGGCACGAUUCUCAACAUGCCCGUCAUCCUCCUCGCCAAGAUCAUCAGCAAGCGCAAGGCCAAGGAGGCGCUCGCGGCGUCGCAGGUCAAGCUGUACGGCCGCGACGUGCUUGCGACGUGGAAAGUGCUCGUGUCGCUCGUCGUGACGCCCGUGCUGUACGUGUCGUACGCGGCGCUCGCGACGGCCCUCGCCUACCGCUCCAGCCUCAGCCUCGCGCACAAGCGACUCAUGCCCCUCUACGUCAUGGUCGGCCUCCCCGUCGUCACGUACGGCACGAUCAAGAUGAGCGAGGUCGGCAUCGACGUGUACAAGUCGCUGCCGCCGCUCGUCGCGUCGCUCCUGCCCGGCCGCCGGCGCGUCAUCGAGCAGAUCCAGCGCGAACGCGUCAACCUCACCGCCCAGCUGCACCAGACGAUCGAAGAGCUCAAGCCCGAGGGCUGGAACUACACCGACAUCGGCCGCGGCUCCUACACCGCCAAGCCACCGCCGCUGCCCGAAGAGAUGGAACACAUGCUCUACAACGGGCGCCCCCUCGACUCGUCCGGCGGCCGCUCGCUCUCACACCCCAUGAACGUCAUGGACGAAUGGCUCUUUGGCUGGUCCACCUCGCGGCGCCACGGCGACUGGGCCGCGCACCGCGCCGAAGUCGUCGACAACGACCUCGGCGCCGACUACGAAGACGCACUGCACGUAUACGAACACCAGGCCGACGACGCCCACCGCGCCGCGCCGCGGCAGCGCACCAAGCGCCCCCGGUCGCACGACUUUCGCGCGACGCAUCCGUCCGUAGCGCCGUAA